AUGUCGACAUCCGUACGCCAGCCGAAGCCGACCCGCAAGGGCGUGCAACCCGACCCGUCACCCGCGCGACGCCCCUCGGCGUGGAAUGGCGCCCGCGCGUCACCCACUUUCUCCCCGGGCGCCCACUCUGCCCGGCUCCCCACCAGCCCCGGCAACGGCGCCUUCCCGCCCCUCGCUGUCCAGCCCAACGGCGGGACCACCUCUCCCGGCCCAGGGCCACGCACCGAGACCGAUCGCAUGCUCGCAUCCCUCGCCGGCCUGACCGGGACGACGAUCACGCUCAACACGAAGACCGGCCAGCGUUGGGAAGGCGUCGUCCUGUCGACCGGCGCCGAGGGGGAUACGACCGGCGUCACCCUCCGCGACGCUCGCGACAUAUCCGUCCCCGGCGCACCUCUCAAAGAACGGCACUUCGUCGCCUCCACCAACAUCGACCGCUGGUCGUCGGGCCCGGCCGAUGCCCAGCCUCCCGUCGGCGAUACAUUCAAGACCGACACCGACAUCAGCCGCAAGACGGCCGGCCGCGAACGCGAGCUGCAAGCGUGGCAGCCCGACGCUCCGCCUCCCGCCAGCGGGCCUGGCUCGCAAGGCGACGACCUUACAUUUGGUACUGGCGCGUCCAGUGGGCCUCAGGGCUGGGACCAGUUCGCGGCGAACGAGAAGCUAUUCGGGGUCAAGGCCGGCUUUGAUGAAGACCUUUAUACGACCAAACUCGACAGGAAUGCGCCCGACUUCAGGGAACGCGAGCGCGAGGCGCAGCGCAUCGCGAACGAGAUCAUGGGCGCCAUGUCCAACAACCCGCACGUACAGGAGGAGCGGGUGAUGAACACCGUCGACGACAGCGGCGUCAACGAGGAGGACAAGUACGGUGCCGUCGUUCGUGGCCCGAACGCGUACGUGCCCCCUGCCGCCCGCAAGUCCGGCCAACCGAGCGCCGCCAAGCCGGACACGCCCAAGGUCACCAUCAACGCGCCCGAUGGCUCUUCGGCGACCUCGCCUCCCGCCAAGAUGCCACCUGCGGCGGCGGCCGCCUCGUCCUCGUCGCCUGCCCCUGCUGCUAACGGCAGCGUCAGUAAGCCCGCCGACGCCGUGCCCGCGUUCCGCGACUUCGUGACGAACGAAAAGCAGCGGUUGGCGCAGAAGAGGCAGGCAAUGAUCAAGAACGACAUGGACAAGCGCAUGGCCGAGCUCGUCAAGUUCAGCAAGAACUUCAAGCUUAACAAGCCUAUCCCGGAAGAUCUGGUCCCGAUUCUUGCUAAAGACGAAGAGAAGCAGAAGCAGAUCAAGGAGAAGUCGGCCGAAGACGCUGCGUCGGCCAAGGCGCGCACGAUUGCGACAGCCUCGGCGCCAGGCGCUCCCGCCGGCGUCACCCCUUCGCCUUCCCAUCAGGUCGUGCCGACUCAGGCCAAAACUCCUGCUCCCUCCAAUUCCGCUGCGAAGAACGGUGCCGCGGCUCCGCAGAAGAACGGUGUGGUUUCGUCUGCCUCCGCGGCUGCCGUUGCUCCUGUUAUUGGCGCGAAAAAGCCCGCGGAUGGCGCAGCGGCUCCUGCGGUCAAGAAGGGCAUGUUCAUACAGCCCAUCCCGCCGUUCAAGCCCAAGAACAAGCCUGCCGCUCUUGCCGCUACGCCUGCCUCCGGACCAGGCGCGUCCUCCAGUGCUUCCGUUUCUGUGGCUCCUUCGACGGCUGGUACGCCUCCUGCGGUGCCCUCGUCCCCCUCGACUGCCGCAAGGUUGAACACCACGCCGACCCCACCGAAGGCUCCAAGCUCUCCCAAGACGUCCAAGGCCGAACCCCCCCAGCAGCCAAACCCGUUCUUCGGCACGCGGCCGAUCAAGAAGGGCCCGGUCAGCAUCAGGGACGACUUCAAUCCGUUCAAGUACAACAAAGUCGCAGAGGCGUCCGCCGUUGCGGCCCUCUGGCCGUACCAGGGUAAACGCUACUUGUCGAUGUUUCCGCCGAUCCAGCAACAACCACCGCCACAGCAGUCCCCUCAUAUGGUGCACCCGGGGCCUCAGCCGCUUCCUCCGCCAUCCUACGAGGAAGACUCGGCUGCGCAGGCCGCGGCAAGGCAAGGUUAUGUGUACGCCUACCCACCCUAUGCUUAUGCUGGUCAACCUAUGAUGCCAGGCAUGCCGCCCCCUGGGCCGCCUGGUGCGUACAUGCCAAGCCCCUAUAUGCAGCCUAUGGGAUAUCCACCGAUGCACGCUCCUAAUGGGCAACCUAUGUACGCCGCCCCUAUGGGACAGAUGCCCCCCCCGCAGGCGUACAUGCAGCCGCCUCCGCCCGGAUCCUAUCCGGCGCCCCCGAACGGCGCAGGCCACCGCCCGUCGAUGCCGCCGACGCCCAUCCCGGCGCACGCGCACGCGUACUAUCAGCCGAGCCCUCAGCGUACGCCUGUCGCCGUGCCUGUUGAUGCGCAUGGCAAAACGCUCACGACGCCCGUGUUCUUUGUGCCCGCAGUGCAGCACGCCGUGCCGUAUCACAUGAUGAUGCCGCCCCCGCCCCCGGGGGCGAACGUCCCGCCGCCGCACGGCUACGAAGUCCAGCAGGUGCAGGCGCCCGUCCAGAUGGGCGGUGUGCCGGGUCACGCAUGA